AUGGAUGCUCUUAAACUGCUAUCCCGCUCGACCGGCCUGAAAUCAAAAAUUUCAAGACCGUCGCCACAAAAUAUCCCUUCUGCAUCAGGCCAAACGCCCAGUCAAGAUGUAUCAGAAUCUAACACGAGUCGAAAACGAAAGAGAGAGCUGGAUGAACCAGACCGUGACGGUGCUCAAGCGACUAGGUCUGGCCAGCUGUCCGAGCAGGAAAUCCGUCAACUUCACAAGAAGCACAAGAUCAAGAUUGUGGACUUGAACCGGUUUCGAUCCCUGGGAAAGUCGUCAGGGUCGAGAAAGACGCAGAAGGAACAAUCGCGCCUAUUUCCUCAGCCGCUCACAUCCUUCGUUCAAUUGCGUGCGCACUACGAAAUCAACGCUAUUCUGGCACGGAAUAUAUCUGAUCAGGCAUAUUUUGAGCCGACCGAAGUUCAAAUCGCAACCUUGCCAUUGCUACUGAAGGACUUGGAUGAAAAGCAACAGCUCGAGCCCAAUCUCUUGACCAUCGCACCGACAGGUAGCGGCAAAACUCUCGCUUUCCUUAUUCCACUGAUCGAAAAGAUUUCGAGGGCGCAUCGACACUCUGGACCCACUGUUGACAGACACGUUCGCGCCAUCAUUCUAGCUCCCACAAAAGAGCUGGUCUUCCAGAUAGUCAACGAGGGAAGGAAGCUGAGAGCGAGAACGGGCGUGACUAUCACAGCGGUAAAGAAAGGAAUGAGACUUUUCGAAGGACUAGCACCGUCGGAUGAGGAGGAAUCUGAAGAAGACGCAGAAGAGGAUGGAAAUGGCGGCGAAGACGUGUCUUCUAAAAGUUCCGCUCUUGUCAAAGCUGACAUUUUGGUCUCGACGCCGCUCAGCCUGGUGCAUCUCCUUUGUCCGUCUUGGGAAGAAGACGAAGACCCGGCUCUGCGACCGUUACCCGACGUUGAAAGCCUGAUAUUUGACGAGGCAGAUGUCCUCCUUGAUCCGCUCUUCCGAUCUCAGACGCUUGCUGUUUGGUCCGCCUGCACGUCGCCUUCCUUGAGAGCGAGCAUGUGGUCAGCGACUAUCGGAUCAAAUAUCGAGGAGCUUGCGGUGCAGACCAUUUCAGACCGCGAAAGAAAACUCAAAAUCUCUCGGAGUCAAGGCCCAUUACUCAUCCGGACCAUUAUUGGUUUGAAAGACACGAGCUUACCGACAAUCUCGCAUAGACUGGUGUACACUGCAGCAGAGUCCGGAAAGCUUCUCGGUAUGCGGCAGUUACUUCACCCGUCGCGGUCAAUGUCCAUGUCCAAACGUCAGGAAAAUGACGUGGCGCCACUCCGGCCGCCAUUUCUUGUCUUCACACAGACGGUAGACCGUGCCCAAGCAUUGUACAACGAACUCCAGUACGACAUUCCCGCCCAAGCUGGUGGCUCAUCCCGAGUGGCGGUUCUUCAUGCUUCCCUAUCGCAGCGUGCGCGGUCAUCUAUCAUGCAGGAUUUCCGACAGGGAAAAAUAUGGGUCCUGAUCACGACGGACCUUCUGUCGCGUGGCGUCGAUUUCCGAGGAGUAAAUGUGGUUGUGAACUAUGAUAUACCGACCACUGUUGCUGGCUAUGUCCAUCGCGCGGGAAGGACUGGGAGAGGAGGGAGAGAAGGUGGUGUCUGUGUCAGCUUCUACACCAAAGAGGAUAUUCAAUAUGUCAAAGGCAUAGCGAACGUGAUCGCUGCCAGUCAAAAGACGCAAAGAAACCCGGACGGUUCCACCAAAGACUCUCGUGUCACGGAAAGCAAUGAAUUAGGUUCAUCCGUUACGUCUGAGAUCCAGCCGUGGUUACUCCACGCUCUUCCUAGUGUCUCCAAAUCAGCAAGGAAGGACCUCAAAUUACAUGGUGUGAAGGCUCGUCGAGCUAUACAUGCCGACGAUGACGAGGAAACCAAACGGAUGAAGCGGAAGGCAAGGAUUGGGACGCAGAGUGGUUACGAGAGAAGGGAAACGAACCGCAAGCGCGGCGCUCUCGAAGGGAGUCUACGAGCAAAACGGAAGGCGCAACAACAACAAGAAAAUGCGGAGUGGGAAGGCUUUGAGUGA